AAAUAUACUGUCUUGCUUUACUGCACUGCGAAUGUUGCAUGACGGUGGGACGCGUUUUUAUUUAUCAUGUUAGAAACAUUCUGAAAGAAAAAAAAUAUAUAUCCGAACGUUGAUACAGCUUACAUUGUGUCGCGGAUUAAUCAGUUGUUUUCAUCAUAAUGGAUAUGUUUUGUUUCGAAGCGAAUUGUUUCAGAAUUUUUGUUUUGCGUGUUGUUGUACAUUUUCGCUACAGCUGUUUGGGUUUUCAUUAGUCUUAGUCGUAAAAGUCCCACUUUAUUCCGGACAUAAGAAAUUAAUCACCCGAUCAGGCUCGCACAGUGUGUCAUUAUUUAAAUGCCCAAAGUAGACAACAGUCUAAACCGGACAUUGUGGCCUCUUGUAACGAUGUCGUCUGCAACUGGCAUAAAAUGUUACAAGAAGCUGGAUUAUUGUCCGAAAGGACAUCAGAUGGAAAAAUGUGACCUGAACGGAGAAGCCGGGCGGUAUUGCAAGCAGUGUGGGGAACUGACUUUCCAGCCAGAUAAGAACAGAUAUGGCGACCAGUGCAAAUACAGGCAGACCUGCGACAAGUACCGUAUGAGCUAUAAAGACUAUGGCAGCAAGACACAUGAUGCGGAGUGCGUCUGCGAUCUUGGCUACCAUUUUGAAAGUACGGACCAACGCGCAUGCGUGCCAAAUAAAGUAUGCGGAAAGGGAUACGGACAGGGGUCAUUCGGUUUUUGUGAAAAUUGUAUACAGAAGGACAUGUGGUCGGAUACACAAGACACGUAUUCCACGUGUAAACCACUUAGAAAUUGUGAAAAAGAAGGGCGAUGUACAUUGUCGAAAAGCAAUGGCACUAAUGAUAACAAAUGUGGACCAAAAAUCAACGAUGUGUCCAAAUGUGGUGUCAUCCAGUAUACAACACCGAGUCCAACCGAACCCUCCUCCACGGGACUCAUACUUGGGGUAGUGUUUGGUGUAUUAGGGGCCCUACUUUUGAUUCUUGUGAUACUUGUGUGUUGUCUCCGACGCCGACAGAGGGCCAGGAAACGUCAGAUUCGGACCGAACAGCUGGAAGAACUUUUGCCAGAAAUCAUCAAACGUUCGAGAAAAGACGAGAAAUAUUGUAAUUCUGUUUUGGACGCUCUACAGAAAGAAGUUGAAGAUAGAAUAAAUAAUCAGAUCUGGGAUUUACCGAGAGAGUUGUUUAGGAACCAUAUAGAACCUGCAAGAUAUGAGGUGCUUGUCGAGAAAUACAGAGAUAAGCAACAUAAAUUCGCGAUCAACGGUUACAUGCAGGAUUGGCGCGGAUGGCGGGGAAACACCGGUGACGCCGUUGAGGAACUUGUUGGCUGUCUACGUCACGAGAACGUCAAACGAAUGGAUAUAGUUCUAGAAGUUGUCAACAAAAUGAGUGAAGACUUCCCAGAGGUUGUCGAUGGUUACGACAGGUCGAACAAGCGGAAACCUGGGUCUGCAAGCUAUUGUGCUAUCUUGUUCCCAUGUGCUUGCCAGGAAAACGAGAAAGACAAUUACGAAUGUAAAGAAACUUCCAGCAGACUUCUUUCAGAUGUAUCAGUAAAUGAAAAAGACAAUGGCCACGUACCGCCACCUAGCGAACCACGUGACCCAAAUAUUCCUCCGCCUGAAGGUGGCGCUAUUGAUCCACAUGAUGCUGGUGCUAUUUAUAGAGACUCGGCAACGCCAAGUGCAACGCCAAGUGCACCAAUUUUAGAUGGAGAAGACAUUUAUCCUCAUGUUGAGGUCAAAGGUCAACAUUUUUACGAUAGAUCCGAGUCGGUUCCAGUGCAAGCAAGCAGUUAGGUGCUCAAACCAUAUCGUGACUGCCUAAUAUUCUUUUUUUUUGUGAUUUACGCAAUUUAAUACUUGUGUUCCAGAGUGUAUUGACAUCAUUGAUAGCACGUGCUUUGAGACUCCAAAAUGAGACGCUUAGUUGACUGAUGAUUGUUUUAUAUUAAAACUGAAUUUUAGCCCAAUGAUGUGAAUAUUUGCUAAGUAAUGGAGCUUUUAAAGCACACUAUAACCAGACCCUUCUGUGUCCAGGUGGAGUUUGAUAAAGGAUUUCAAGUGAAUGGACUUUUUAUAGGACAUGAAUGUAGUAAAUACAAAUGCAAAUUUUUACAUCAGCACCGUUGACCUAUUACGUAACAAGGUCAGCCAGCGUUCUUUUGAAUGAAAAAUGGACUAGAUUCAUUUGCAAACUGUAGACAAAUGGUUUCAUUAAUGAUCAUGAUAAAGGAUUGAAAGUAUGAAUUGUAUUGCUGUACAUUAUUCAAUCACUGUGAAGUUUUUGCAAACUUGUGCGCUUUGGUCUCAAAGACAGCGCAUGCGCAAUGUUUUGAAACAUGCAUCAUAAUCACGUGACAUCCUCAUAUUGGUAUAUUCGGGCCUUUUCCGCUGUUUUUGCCUAAAAUGUAAAUGUAAAAGAAAUACAUGUGAAAAAACAACACUUUAAUGGUCUACUUUGUAAUCAAAUUCAAUACAAGGUGACGAAAUAUGCACAUGUAUAUAGAAAUAAAUUUAUUAGACACUCGUAGAAAAAACCGGUAUACUAUUAUGUAUUCGUGAAUAGAUUACGAUAGUUAAAACUGAAUGACAAGUUAAUAAUUUGAUAUCUGAUGUGCUUAAUUAUUUACAUUUUCAUUUGACAUGAAAUUCAGUAAAAAGACAUUAAUUUGCUAACAUCUUAAAAAAUAUUUCUUCACAAAUCAGCACCCAGUAUAUGCCAUAGUAGGUCAUUGAAUAAAUUAUUAAGUCGCUUAAAGUCAUUUUAAGAACAUUUGAAAACGGUUACUAUUAUUAUUCUUUGUUUAUAGUUUCCCGAUUAAUUAGGGAAAAAAAUAUAAGAUGUUAUUUUACUGGAAAUAAAAUUUUGAAAGUAUUUAAUUUUUAUUUUUCAAAAAUUUAGGUCAUGUUAUAAUUUCGUAGAAAAAAAAGAUAAAAUGAAGUGAAAUAGAUUAAUAAAACCUAAAUUUGUAGACCGUUAUAUCACCUCUGAAACAAAAGUAUAUAUAUUCAACUCUUUUUUUAGCCCAUACAUCUCAAAUUGUGCAUUGGGUGUUCUUUAUUUUCUGUAUUUUGGUUAAACAUGCAUAAGUAUAUUUACUUGUGGAUAAUGACUUUCAAAUAAUUUGUGUUUGUUUUGUCAGAUAGCUAAUGUUGAAGCAUGGUUGCUUGUAGGUGAAACUUUGCAUUCCAAUUUUUUUCUAUUUCGUUAGAUUUUUUUUUCAACCUUGUUUCUUUCUUUGUCUCAAACCAUUUCUUCAUAAUUUACCAAAGAAAAAUGUCUGUCUAUCAUAUUAAAAUAGUGCAAUUAAUGACCCCAAAGAAAAUGUUCUACAAAAACUUUUUUCAUUUUUAGCUCGACUUUUCUAUGAAAAGGGGAGCUAUCCUACUCGCCCCGGCGUCGGCGUCGGCGUCGGCGUCGGCGUUGGCGUUGGCGUCACACCUUGGUUAAGUUUUUCGUACCACCCCACUUUAUUUCAGAAGUAUUACAAGUAUGGCUUUGAAACUUACCAUACUUGUUCACCAUCAUAACCUCCAUCUACAGACAAGAGUACAUAACUCUGUCAAAGGUUUUUGACAGAAUUAUGGCCCUUUUUUGACUUAGAAAGUGUAUUGAGCUUGGUUAAGUUUUUUUGUACCACCUCACUUUUAUUUCAAAACCAUUGGAGGUAUUGCUUUGAAACUGACCAUACUUGUUUACCAUCACGACCUUCAUCAACAGACAAGAGGACAUAACUCUGUCAAGGUUUUUGACAGAAUUAUGCCCCUUUUUGACUUAGAAAAUACAUUGAAUAUGGGUAAAAUCCACUUAUUGCCUUAACCCUUUGAGAUAUUGCUUUGAAACUUUUAAUGCUAUUUCACAUCAUUACCCCCAUCUGUACGCAAGAGAAGGUAACUCUGUCAAGGAUUUGUUUUAAAAAUUAAGGCCUUUUAUCGACUUAGAAUCUUGGUUAAGUUUUUAGUACCAGUCCACUUUUUGACUGAACUGUUUGAGAUAUUAAUUUGAAAGUUGGAAUACUUGUUUACAAUCAUGAUUCCCAAACAUGUCCAGGAGAAGGUAAUUCUGUCAAAGAUUUUAUUUGAAUUAUGGCCCUUAACUGUCAAUGUUUUGUAUUAUAGGCAAGCACUAAAAAACUUAAAAAAUCUAAAAAAAUUCAUUCCUAUUCACUUGUUCACUUUACCAUAAAUUAUGUCAUAUAAACAUUGCUGUAAUAUUCAAGGGUAUCAAACAACUAGUUAUUUUUCUCUUUUUGUACUUGAAAUUAAAAUCAGUAGUAUAUGCAUAUUUCACAUUUUAUCUCGCCUAUUUGAUUGGUGGACAAGUGACCAGCUACAGUGUUCAAGGGUAUCACACAAUUCAGUAAAAUAAUUCUUCACUAAAUAUCUUAAUGCUCAUGGCCAUUGUUCACUUUAAAAAUACAGAGAUUCUUGUAUUGCCUUUUACUGCAAAAACUUUUUUUAUUGGCAAGCAAUAAAAAAGUCGAGCGCGCUGUCUUACGGACAGCUCUUGUUUUAUAUGAUGCAAUGUACUCAACCAUCGUUUUUAGCUCGACUUUUCUAUGAAAAGGGGAGCUAUCCUACUCGCCCCGGCGUCGGCGUCGGCGUUAGCGUCGGCGUUGGCGUCACACCUUGGUUAAGUUUUUCGUACCACCCCACUUUAUUUCAGAAGUAUUACAAGUAUGGCUUUGAAACUUACCAUACUUGUUCACCAUCAUAACCUCCAUCUACAGACAAGAGUACAUAACUCUGUCAAGGUUUUUGACAGAAUUAUGGCCCUUUUUUAGCUCGACUUUUCUAUGAAAAGGGGAGCUAUCCUACUCGCCCCGGCGUCGGCGUUGGCGUCACACCUUGGUUAAGUUUUUCGUACCACCCCACUUUAUUUCAGAAGUAUUACAAGUAUGGCUUUGAAACUUACCAUACUUGUUCACCAUCAUAACCUCCAUCUACAGACAAGAGUACAUAACUCUGUCAAGGUUUUUGACAGAAUUAUGGCCCUUUUUUGACUUAGAAAGUGUAUUGAGCUUGGUUAAGUUUUUUGUACCACCUCACUUUAUUUCAAAACCAUUGGAGGUAUUGCUUUGAAACUGACCAUACUUGUUUACCAUCACGACCUUCAUCAACAGACAAGAGGACAUAACUCUGUCAAGGUUUUUGACAGAAUUAUGCCCCUUUUUGACUUAGAAAAUACAUUGAAUAUGGGUAAAAUCCACUUAUUGCCUUAACCCUUUGAGAUAUUGCUUUGAAACUUUAAUGCUAUUUCACAUCAUUACCCCCAUCUGUACGCAAGAGAAGGUAACUCUGUCAAGGAUUUGUUUUAAAAAUUAAGGCCUUUUAUCGACUUAGAAUCUUGGUUAAGUUUUUAGUACCAGUCCACUUUUUGACUGAACUGUUUGAGAUAUUAAUUUGAAAGUUGGAAUACUUGUUUACAAUCAUGAUUCCCAAACAUGUCCAGGAGAAGUAAUUCUGUCAAAGAUUUUAUUUGAAUUAUGGCCCUUAACUGUCAAUGUUUUGUAUUAUAGGCAAGCACUAAAAAGUCGAGCGCGCUGUCUUACGGACAGCUCUUGUUGACUUAGAAAGUGUAUUGAGCUUGGUUAAGUUUUUUGUACCACCUCACUUUAUUUCAAAACCAUUGGAGGUAUUGCUUUGAAACUGACCAUACUUGUUUACCAUCACGACCUUCAUCAACAGACAAGAGGACAUAACUCUGUCAAGGUUUUUGACAGAAUUAUGCCCCUUUUUGACUUAGAAAAUACAUUGAAUAUGGGUAAAAUCCACUUAUUGCCUUAACCCUUUGAGAUAUUGCUUUGAAACUUUUAAUGCUAUUUCACAUCAUUACCCCCAUCUGUACGCAAGAGAAGGUAACUCUGUCUAGGAUUUGUUUUAAAAAUUAAGGCCUUUUAUCGACUUAGAAUCUUGGUUAAGUUUUUAGUACCAGUCCACUUUUUGACUGAACUGUUUGAGAUAUUAAUUUGAAAGUUGGAAUACUUGUUUACAAUCAUGAUUCCCAAACAUGUCCAGGAGAAGGUAAUUCUGUCAAAGAUUUUAUUUGAAUUAUGGCCCUUAACUGUCAAUGUUUUGUAUUAUAGGCAAGCACUAAAAAACUCAACUCAGUUUUUUUUUCUUUCUUACCAGCCCUCUUUUGACUUAAACAUUUCAAACUUUGCUGCAGUGUUCAAGGGUAUCACACAAUUCAGUAAAAUAAUUCUUCACUAAAUAUCUUAAUGCUCAUGGCCAUUGUUCACUUUAAAAAUACAGAGAUUCUUGUAUUGCCUUUUACUGCAAAAACUUUUUUUAUUGGCAAGCAAUAAAAAAGUCGAGCGCGCUGUCUUACGGACAGCUCUUGUUUUCUCUGCACUUGAGUUCAUAUAUAAGUGACCUCUAUUCCACCCUCAUUAUUUGCCUCUGCAUUUAUUCAUUUAUAAGUUUAUAUAUAAUGCCCCUCAAAAUGUUCUAUUCGAAAUUAAACUGCAUGUAAAUUAAAAGUGUUUCAGUGUGAACUAUUCUUUACUGUCAGUGUAUAGUAUUUGUUGAACAAAAAUGUAUUUGUUAAGUUUUAAUAUGUUAUUUCUAGCUCCACUAUUCGAAGAAUUGGGACAGCUAUUGUACUCGCCCUGACGUCGGCGUCACGCUUGGGUUAAAAUUUUUGCUUGUAAGUCGGUAUCUCUAAAACUACAAAGGGGAAUGUGUUGAAACUUCACACACUUCUCAGCGAGUAUUUAACAUGAUAGACACAGGUUCCACAACUCUUGAGUUAUCUUUUUACAGAGUUAUGUCCCUUUUCUUCUAGCUUUUCAAGCACUGAAAAUAGUCGAGCGAGCUGUCUUAUGGACAGCUCUUGUUUCCUUCUUACUUCACAUAUAACUUGUUGUGCUGUUUGAAUAGAUAUUUUACAUGUGUGUAUAUAUAUGUUAUAUUUUUGCUCUUGUUUUAUGUUUCAUUUUGCUGUUGUAGAAACGACAUUUUUUUGCUUAUGAAGAAAACAAAAUUAUGAAAUUCAGUUUUCUUUAAAGUAAAUUUGUAUUGUUUAAACAGAAAAAUGAAAUGUGAAUGAUUUUUAUGCAUUGAAAUGAACGCGUAUUUCGUUUCAUGAACCGGUGCGUCUGUAAAAUCCAAAUGUUAUAUAAAAAAAAAUCAAUGAUAUAUAUCGUGAAUAACCAUUAAGGCGUAUGUAUGUUAUUUGUCUUACUAUUUUAACUUUUGUUUGUCCAAGUUUUAUUUAAGUAAAUAAUAAUUAAUGUGUUUUUAAUGGCAUGUUUUAGUAUAUCAGUAAUGUAAUGGUAUAUAUGUAUUAUACCAAUUAUGUAAUGGUGUAGUUUAUAUUUUAAUGGUAUUCAUGUUUAAUAAUUGAGGAGAUUCAGCUGAGUGUUGGUUUGAAAACGCAGCCUGAAAAACUUGCUGUUUUCAUAAUCUGACGAAUGUACUUUAUACAUAAGCAUUUAAAUGAAUUCGUAUUGUAUAUUUAAAUUUAUUUUUUGUGUCUUCUCGAAUGAGGGGAUGGAUGACAAAUAAAAUCAUGAACAAAACAGAUGACCAUGUCAAUUUGUUAAUCAGAAUUUGAUAUUUUAUGGAUUUAGUUUAUUUUAUUUCACAAGCUUUUACAUUUACUAGUAAAUUUAAAACUUUUUCCGAUGUUUACUUUACAUUAUUUUUGAAAGCGUUUUAUUGACACCAAAACAUGAUGAUUUAUUAUGCAUUUACAUACCUAUACAAUGCCCGGUUUUGCUACAUUCUAGCAUGUCACGUGUGUUUAAUAUUUUUAUUAAAUGCUUGUUAACAUAAUUGUACAAUUUGUUGACUGCCAUGAUUGUUCUGUAACAGACAAGCAAUGAAUGGCAUAGGGAUAUUUUCGAGGAUAUUUGAUAAAUUUGCGUAGAAAAUA